CGCAGCACCAGGAUCCUGUAACUGCGACUCCACAGAGAUUAGCACCAACACACUGUUGCUUUUUUCGGCUGAAUUUUUUGGGAGAAUAAAUUGAAGAGUAGCACUUGACUUUAUUGACGUGUUUUAUCGUUAAUCUUUCAUAUACGAGUGUGAGCCUUCUCUUAAACUGUCAGCGGGGGGAAAUGACAUGUCAACGGCCAAACUUGACGCCUGCGAGGACCGAACUCGACUGUAACGUCUGCGCUGCCGUUGGACCAAAGGAGACGGAGUGAACAGCAACAGCCAACUCAAGUUUAUUACUGUUUCCUCGAUAACAAAGGGGGACCCUUUCCUCCUCUUUUGCUGCGGUUAUUCGACGCCAUAGUGCCGCUAAAGGACUGGGAAAGAUUUAAAAUGCAAGGCGUACUCGUCCACGGUGUUUGCAUUGUUAAAGGACAUGGAGCACGGAGAAGGACAGUUUGAGCAACAGUGAUUAACUCAUCAGGACCUCAGCUUCAUCGAGCCAUCGCCGUCAGAUUGGAUCAACUAAAUGUAAAGGAUCGUUUGGUUCGAGCCACCAUGGAUAUCUUUCCCCGGCCGAGCGGUGAGAUCCAGAGGAGGAACCCUCAGCAUGACUUCGAGCUCAUUCAGAGGGUGGGAAGUGGCACAUAUGGGGACGUGUACAAGGCUCGAAACAUACAAACUGGAGAGCUUGCUGCUGUGAAGAUCAUAAAGUUGGAACCAGGGGAUGACUUUUCCAUCAUACAGCAGGAAAUCUUCAUGGUGAAGGAAUGCAUGCACCACAAUAUUGUGGCCUACUUUGGGAGCUACCUCUGUCGAGAGAAGCUUUGGAUAUGUAUGGAGUACUGUGGUGGAGGAUCUCUGCAGGACAUAUAUCAUGUGACAGGACCUCUCUCAGAGCUUCAGAUAGCAUACGUCUGCAGAGAGACCUUACAGGGUUUGGGAUAUCUGCACACCAAGGGCAAGAUGCACCGUGACAUCAAGGGUGCCAACAUACUUCUUACAGACAACGGAGAUGUGAAGUUAGCUGACUUUGGAGUUGCAGCCAAAAUAACAGCCACCAUUGCCAAAAGGAAGUCUUUCAUUGGAACACCUUAUUGGAUGGCUCCAGAAGUAGCAGCAGUAGAGAAAAACGGUGGCUACAAUCAGCUCUGUGAUAUCUGGGCUGUCGGCAUCACGUCCAUAGAGCUGGCCGAGCUUCAGCCUCCGAUGUUUGACCUACACCCAAUGAGGGCCUUGUUUUUGAUGUCGAAGAGCAGCUUCCAGCCUCCAAAGCUAAAAGACAAAAACAAAUGGUCCACCGCCUUCCAUAACUUUGUCAAAGUGUCUCUGACAAAGAACCCAAAGAAGAGGCCCACGGCAGAAAAACUGCUAUCGCAUGUGUACGUGUCCCAGACGGGUUUGACUAGGAGGCUCGCUGUUGACCUCUUGGAUAAGAUGAACAACCCAGACAACCACCAGCAUUACAGUGAGGUGGACGAUGAUGAUCUUGAGCCUCUCUCUGCAGUCAGACACACCAUCCGCUCCACCAACAAACAAGCCAGAGCUGAGAGGACGCGCUCAGAGAUAAACUCAAACAAUGGGACAGACCAAGGAGGGCCAUGCUCAAGUCCUAGCUUCACUGAGGGACACAGGGGGGACGCAGCGGUUGAUCUCGUCCCCUGCUCAGAGGUUGACAAGCUCCAGUUUGAACCACCACUCCGGAAGGAAACUGAGGCUCAUUCUGAAAUGGAUGUGAGUAAAGAUAAUGACUUCCCUUCACCCUGGAGUCCCUUUGCAGAGGGAGGAAUAACAACCAGGGGACACGUCGCCCAUCUCGAAGAUGCCUUUGAAGAAAUGGAGCUGUCAACCCUCAAGCCAGGUGUUCCUCCUCCUCUGCCUCCGAAGCCACGAUUAAACAGCUCAUCAGAGGAGCUAGGCCUUAACGACGAGAGGUCUCUGACGGUUCGGAGGUUCCCCAACUCUGAGAACGGACCGAGUCAGGUGGUUCGCAGACAGAGCACACCUGAGCACCUGGGCAACAAGGCAGAGAACUCGUCUCCAGAUUUCCUCUCUGUCAGCGUCAGCAGCCCCGGACUUUUGUCUCAUGCCUCUGAUCCUGAUAAUGAUUCAGAUGAGUGUGUGAAUGGAGGCAGCCCCAAACAGCCACCCAACCGACAGCACCGGAAGGAGAAAAAGGAAUUCCCUAAACCAGCCAUCAACGGUCUUCCACCCACUCCCAAAGUGCUGAUGGGAGCCUGUUUCUCUAAAGUGUUUGAUGGCUGUCCACUGAAGAUCAACUGUGCCACAUCAUGGAUUCAUCCUGACACCAAAGAUCAGUACCUAAUCUUUGGGACAGAGGAUGGCAUCUAUACGCUGAAUCUUAAUGAGCUGCAUGAAGCCACAAUGGAGCAGCUGUUCCCGAGGAAGUGUACAUGGCUGUACGUUAUCAACAACAACCUGAUGUCUUUAUCUGGGAAAACCUUCCAGCUGUACUCCCAUAAUCUCAUCGGGCUGUUCGAGCAGCUGAAGAAACCUGGCCUCGCUGCUCAGUUCCAGACUCACCGCUUCCCAGACAAAAUCCUACCCAGGAGGUUUGCCUUGACAACUAAGAUCCCCGACACAAAGGGCUGUCACAAAUGCUGCAUUGUGAGAAAUCCAUAUACUGGCCACAAGUACCUGUGCGGAGCACUGCAGUCUGGGAUUGUCCUGCUGCAGUGGUAUGAGCCCAUGCAGAGGUUUAUGCUCAUCAAGCACUUUGACUUCCCUCUUCCCAGCCCACUGAAGGUGUUUGAGAUGCUGGUGGUCCCGGAGCAGGAGUAUCCUCUGGUGUGCGUGGCCAUCAGCCAGGGCACCGAGCCGAGCCAGGUGGUCCGCUUUGAGACCAUCAACCUCAACUCCUGCUCCUCCUGGUUCACAGAGAUGGGAACAACUCAUCAGCAAGUGGACGCAAUCCAUGUCACCCAGCUGGAGAGAGACACAGUGUUGGUGUGUUUGGACCAAAAUUUGAAGAUUGUUAAUCUCCAGGGCCGACUGAAGUCCAACAAGAAGCUGGCAUCUGAGCUCAGCUUCGACUUCUGCAUCGGAUCUGUUGUGUGCCUUCAGGACAGCGUUCUGGCCUUCUGGAAACACGGCAUGCAGGGAAAGAGCUUCAAGUCUAAUGAGGUGACCCAGGAGAUCUGUGAUCCAAGCAGAGUCUUCCGCCUCCUCGGAUCUGACAGGGUGGUGGUUUUGGAGAGCCGACCCACAGACAACCCCACAGCCCUGAGCAACCUCUACAUCUUAGCAGGUCACGAGAACAGUUACUGAGCCUCUCCUCGGAGAAAAGCGGUCAAAUGCCUCUGUUUGGGAGAAAACUCCAGACUCUCACCUGUGCAGGGAAGCGUCUGGUUUAAAACAGUUAUUGGGAGCUUUUGUUACUGAUCACAGGACGGACAGGUCAGUGAUAAGAGGAGCCUCAUCAGCGUGGAUUCAUGAGUAGCCUUACAUCAGUUUACUGUAGCUCCGCUCAUCACAAACUGUCGACGAGCAGACAGUGGAGAAACAAUAAAAGCUCAGAUGAACAUUGUUACUUAGCAUUUUCUCACUCUUCUGUACUGUGGACUGAGUUACAAGUUAUCUAGAGGUAUUAUUGACAAAAGUGCCAUUAAGAUUCACAAGAAUUUGUGAUUGUAUUAGCGAAACAGUGGGAGAUUUAUUGUGUUAUUAUCGUCUGUAACAUGUCGCUCAUAAUCACCGCCAGAGGCAAACGCUAGUCGGCUUGAGAGGAGAUUUUACCAACUCUGUAGUCAAACUAAUAGCUCAGUUUAAACAGAAACCCACGAGCAUUGUGGGUUAUUUAAGCAAUAUUUAUUAACCUUCUGAUAAGUGAUAGGGUAUGUUUGAUUUACAGACCGUGUUAGCAGACAGUGACAGAGCGGUCCUGCUGUGUGAGGAUUAACUACCUAGUGAACAGCUCCUGAGCAGCUUUGGGUUAUUUUUACUGCUAAUGUAAUAUAGUCGCUUCUCUCCUGCUCUGCUGCGUUUUUAGAAGUUGGAUAUAAUGUACAUUGUUUUUCCUCUUUACCUUCCUCUUUUAUAGACCUUUUACUUCUCAUUAUUUGCACCAUGUAAGCACUUUUGUACAUUUUUUUAUUUAAAAUAAAAUGACAAAAUGAGGGACGAUGCUA